CACACACUACAACUCUGGACUGCCGUGCUCAGCAGUUGGCAUACAGCUCCGCAGUGGAGCGGUCCGGUUGGUGUCACACGCAACUCCCUCCUCUGCUGGCGAGCGUUGAGCUGUAAAGAGAGCCACUUGCCUUUGUCGCCAUGUUCGUGGCUACAGUCCUGGCAGCUGUGGCUGCACUACUGGCCGCCUUUUGGUACUACUUCUCGCGAAACUUCGGAUACUGGACGGAGAGGGGGGUUGUGUCAUGUAACCCCUUCUCGCUUACGGGUGAUCGUGGCGGUGGCAUACCUUUCGGGAAGCCCUUCUACGAGCUGCUAACGCCCAUCUACAACAAAUACAAGGGGAAGGAGCGCGUCGUGGGUACAUUCCAGGCGCGCCGUCCUAUUCUGGUCGCACUGGACCCGGAGGUCACAAAGGCAGUUCUCACGAAAGACUUCAGCCAUUUCCAUGGUCGCGGGCAGCCCACCGACGAGAGUGACCCUUUCAGCCAGAACCUAUUCUUCUUGGAGGGCGCACGAUGGAAAAACCUGCGUAUGAAACUAAGCCCAACCUUCACCUCGGGCAAGCUCAAGGGAAUGUUCCCCUUAAUGGCAGGCAUCACUGACCAACUCAACGAUGCGGUGCGAGAAAAGGCUGCUCACGGAGAUAAACAGGUAGGUGCGCACUGUUAGGAAUAAUCCUGGGAUUUCACGAAGGAACACUCGUGAGAAGUAUUGCCAAAGUCCUUAGGGAUUUCACAAAAAACUCUGUACAUUUCACGUGUCGAGUUUGGAUUUGAAACAUGAAUGAAAACUUCCACCUUCAACAUUUGUUUUAGAACACAAAAUCUAAGGUCGGAGUUCUUUAUGGGAAUUUCUAAUAGUGGUCGAAAAUGAAUCUUCGGGAAAUCCCAAGAAAUUUUUAAGAGUUCGCGUCGACUUUUUACUUCCGCAUAGGGAUUUAAAGCCUUUUCGGAAAAGUUCGGGAAAUUUCCGGAAAUUUCAGAAAGUUUUCCGAAGGGUUGGAAAAGUUGGGAAAAGUUCACUUCCGUGCAUAAAAGUGUAAUUCUGCAAAAAUAAGUAACAAUAUUGGUGUUUAACAAUACUAAUUGAGUUAAAAUUACCCUAUUAUACAUGAUUCUGCGUUUAUUUAUCGAAAUCCAUCCUCAGAAUAAUUAGAAAACCGCCGAAAAGUUUAGGGCAAGCGUAAGGGAG